AUACGUUGUUUCCUACAUUGGAAUCCACCUUCCGAUCCCUUUCAUUGAUAAAUACACUCGCUCUUUUGUUACUGCUCUUCAUCUUGUAUUUUUGCGUCGGAGAGAAAGUGACAUGAUGACUAGCAUGUUGGAGCUGGAGAUCACAGUGUUGUCAUGUGAGGGCCUGAAUCUGAUGACCCAGUCGUCUUCUUUCUCCUCGUGGUGCUCGUCCUUCAUAUUGAGGUCGCCUGCGACUUCCAAUCCCACCACACACUUCAUUUCCGUCACAACGUUCCCUGAUCAGAAACCCAAGGUGUACAGUGGGAGCCUGCAAGACGACGGAGCAGGAGAAGGAGGGGUGGUGCGCGUGCCAGUAGAUUCCAGCUUCCUCUCAGACACACAGUCGUGUCUCUACGUUCAGAUAUACCGCAAGCGGCGGAUCUUGUGGCCGAGUCAGGUGGGGUGGUGUCUGAUUCCAGCCUCUGAUAUCGGGUCUCCGCCGCCUCCUUCGUCUGUUCGGUGUCUGAGUUACAGGCUACGAGGGAGAGACGGUUGCGUGGGUGGCGCCAUAAUCAACCUGAGUAUUCAGUGGAAGGAUAAUUGUGACGCUGCUUCUGCUCCUCUGGCCAUCGGAAUACCCAUUGGGACGAUGGAAGAGGGACACAUCAAAUCUGGGCGUUAAUCCGGAACACCUGGUAUUGUUAACUUUUUUGGGGGGACAAUGUUGCCUUGGAACUCUUCAAAAUGAUGCAAUGUCGCCCUACCGUUGGAGUUACCCAUUUUGUUUGACUUGACUUGCCACAUGGCAUUUUUUUAAAAAUUAAAAAAAUGAUAAAAGUGUAAAUUUAUCCCGAGACUUUUCUUUCAGAAGUACUUGGUAUCCUCAACUUUUUUUUGGGAGCAAUGUUGCCUCGAAACUCUCUAAAAUGGUGCAAUGUUGCCUUGUUGUUAAAGUUAACUAUUUUGUUUGACUUCACUUGCCACAUGGCAUUUAAAAAAAAAUAAAAAGAGCUAUGCUUCAUCCUCAUCAACUUCUUCUUUUUCAUCCACCACACUAAAAUUGCAAAAUAACUCAAAAUACUAAGAUGAAAAAUCAAACUUAAAUUUUCAACAUAAAAAAAAUCUAGAAAAACAAUAGAACCUAAAUUUUUAACAUCAAAAAAUAAUCAAAGACAAGGGGCAGAAAGGAAGCAGAUAAAGAACACAAAUUAAGAACCCAACAAUUGAAGAAUAACACAAAAUAUCUAGUAAAACAGGAACAAAAAAUUAACAACUCAGAUUGACCAACGCUAAGUAACAAGAAGUAAACAUGGUCAUCAUGUGAGCAAUGACUAUAAAGUUUCUCAUUUAGCUCUUGUCUUGCAAAUGCAAUGGUGGAGGAGAAAGGAAUGAAGACAAGAAGAAUGGUCGACUGUAAAGGAGGAUGAGCAAUGUGCAACUAAGAUAUAAGGAGGGAGGGGGACGGUGAACCAAUUACCAUGAACCAGCGAACGAUGUGGACAAUUGAAGAAGUCAAAGAGCUAGGGAUGCUUUGAUGGAGGCCACUUGUAAAUGCUUUUUUUUUAAUUUUUUUAAAAUACCACAUGACAAGUAAAGUCAAACAAACAAUCAACUCUGAUAGUAGGACAACAUUAUAUUGUUUUGGAGAGUUUUGGGGCAAUAUUGCUCUCAAAAAAAGUUGAGAAUACCAGGUGCCUCUAGAGAAAAAGUUUCAGGAUAAAUUUACACCUUUAUUAUUUUUAAAAUUUUUAAAAAAUGC